UUUUGAUACAUUAUACAGAAAAGUCAGUAAUUUUACUCCAGGAUCUCUUAUGGAAGUUACGCCAAAUAUUAAGAACGUUGACACUAAUUCAGCUGCAAAACCAAAGACAAAGUCAGCACGAAAAAGAAGAAAAGCCUCAAUAAACUUUAAACCACCCAAGCUAAGAAAGAAAAGUGCAGUUGCACACAGUAAUGAUAGUGAUAAUGUAGACCACACUGACUUGAUUGAUUUUAAUGUCAAAGACAAAACAAAACAAAAUGAAGAAAAUGAAGAAUCAAGUGAACUUAGUGAAACAGAGAAAGAGAGUAGUAAGACAAGCAAAACUAACGAGACUGUCCAACCAAAUAAGAAAAGGCAAGAAAAACAUAGUCAUAGGAAGACCCCUGCAACAAUACAGGGCAAUACUUUAUCAAGCACAGAAUCCAGAAGUGUUGAAUCAACCUCUUACAGCAAACAGCUUACCAUUACGUCACCUGAGCUGCCAGUGGUACCCAUGAGAGAGGAAAAUUGCAUGAAGAAUGAAGAUGUUCAAACGGAUAAGAAUUUCUUACAACAACAAAUCCAAAUUUUUGGAACAGCAUUUACUCUUCACGAUUGCCCAAACCUAGCAGAUAAACAAGAUAAAAGAAAGAACUCUAUACCGCAUGAUGUCAUACAAGAUGCUCUUAAAAAAUUAAACCGAAAGAUGACUGACGAAAUUCAAAAACAUUUAAAUCGUCAGUGUCAACGCGAAGUUCUGUCUGAUUUACUCCAAAUUGAAAAGGACAAAAGUGUUUGCGACAAUGAAGACGAACAGAGGCAAAGAAAAAAUCACAUGGCAGAGACAAUGGAUAUUUCAGAGAUUUUAGAAAAAUGUUCUAAAGAACUAGACAAUGUCAAUGCCGAGACCAGAGAUGAUAAUUUAUUGUUGAGGAGAUAUUCGAACAGUGUUGAUGAAUUGCAAACUUUAAAUGAUCAAAUGAAAAGAAUCAAACAAAAAAUAGCAUCGUACGAGUCAAAUAAUCUGAUGCUUUUGGAGGUUGAAAGUUUGGCGAGAGAAACAACAGAAAACUCGCUCCGAAAAGAAGUUGAAAGAACAAGUAAAUUAGUAAACGAAAUUUUGCAUCGUAAGGCUAACUCUACCUAACAUGGAAAUAAUCGUCAAUUGUUUAAUCCUCAAGUGUGGCGGCAAAUGGAGUCUUGGUUAUUCUUGGAUCUGAAGGAGACAUAGCUAUAUGAGUGACGACCAUCACUCGUCGAAUGCUCGGCUGCAUGAGAGGAGUCUUCAACUGACAAACUGACACAUGAGAGUACGGUUUAUGUAAAAAGCUGCAUGUAAUAUUGAUGUUUUUGCAUGCUUGUGUUUAAUUUGCUAACACUAUACGCUUAGACUUAGUAUCGAUGCCUCAAUUAAGCCGUUAUUUCAGUGCAUAUAUACUUGAUAUUUUAUGUUGAUAUUUAAUUUCUGUAGAUCGGUAAAGCUAUAUCCCCCACUGUUUAAUCAAUAAGAACUAAAUAACGAU